AUGGGCUGUCACGGGACUGGCACGUGCGAUUGCUGUGGCGGCGGAGGCUCGUCGACGGCAAGCAACAAUGGCAACAACGACGCGCCACAACGACCACCACCACAACACCAACAGCAAACCGAUAGCGCUAACAACAGUCCGCAGCGCCGGCGUCAACAAGCACAGCAGCAGGAACAGCAACAGUCAGAGCAACCGCCACAUAUACUUGGUGCUGCUGCUGCCUUGCAUUUGCGGCGCGAACGCGAUCCACCACAGCUGCCCCCACUGCCAAUUGCGCCAAUUAUGCCGCCGCGCCCACCGCCUGCACAACAACAGCAGCAGCAGCAACCGCUACACCGUUUGGGCGUGCCUGCCGUGGCCAUAAUUGCACCGCGCGGCAGUCGCCAUUUGCAAUCGCAGGAUUUGCAGAACAACAAUAAUAACAACAACUUGGUUGGUGGCGGCGGAAGCGAUGCCGCCCGAACUCAACACGCCAGCAUUGCGCACUAUAUCAAUCAGGUGAAUUUGCAUAUGAAUCUCACCAACAACAACAACACCAGCAGUACCGGCGGCGCGGGCAACACCAACAAUAAUAGGCUCAGCGUAAGCGCAACCACCAGCAGCGGCCAGCACAUGUACAACAACAACAACAAUCACAUUUAU